AUAACCUUUUUUGAAAGUAACCGGCUCCUGUUGGUGAAUGUGUUUUUGGAUAAUGAUGGAGACCGAAACAAAACCUCGGACAAAGGACUGCUCCUGGUUUGCUUUUUAUUUGGCUUUACCCCUGCUGUUCGUAAAUCAGGCUGUGGCUCAGAUACGGUACUCUAUUCCAGAGGAGGUAAAAGAAGGGACUGUUGUUGGAAAUAUUGCCAACGAUCUUGGGCUUGACAUAUCCUCGCUGAUUGCUCGACGGUUCCGCGUUGUAUCUGGAAGUAAGGACGCUAUUUUUGAAGUAAACCAGGGUAAUGGCGCUCUGUACGUCAACAAGCAUAUUGACAGAGAGGAGCUGUGUCAGGGAGGAGGUGCCUGCCUAAUGGAGCUCAAAAUCCUUGUUGAAUCUCCUUUGGAAAUACACUACGUAGUUGUAGAAAUUACUGAUGUAAAUGACCACUCUCCUAGUUUUCCUGAAAGGGAACAGAUAUUCGAAAUAGCUGAGCACACAUUACCAGGAAAGCGAUUUCAACUGCACACUGCUCGAGACCCCGAUGCUGGAGUUAACUCAAUUCGUACAUACACUUUAACAUCCAAUGAACAUUUUGAAAUUAAUGUCCGUCAAAGCGAUGCCGGUAAAAUACCAUUUCUAGUGCUGAAGAAAUCUUUGGACAGAGAACAACACAACAAUCACACGCUGCUGGUUACUGCGGUUGAUGGAGGUAAACCUCCAAAAUCGAGCAAACUUAAUGUUUCUAUUAUUGUUCUUGAUAGUAAUGAUAAUCGCCCGAUGUUUAGUCAGGAGAUUUACCACAUUUUAAUACAAGAAAACAUCCCAGUCGGUACUUCAAUAUUCAAAAUGAAUGCAACCGAUCUGGAUGAAUACACCAAUGGGGAAGUUGAAUACAGCCUAGGAAAAACCUUGAGGCGUAAAGUAUACGACGUUUUUGAUUUGAAUAAAUUAACUGGAGAAAUUAAAGUUAAAGGAGUAGUGAAUUAUGAGGAAAUCGACAUAUAUGAACUGGACAUUGAAGCAUCAGAUAAAGGAACACCUCCAUUAGCGGGUGAGUGUAGAGUAAUUAUUAAGAUAAUAGACGUUAACGAUAAUCCACCAGAAAUAGAAGUAACGUCAUUGUCAAAUACAGUGUCUGAAGACUCAAAACCAGGAACAAUUAUUUCGCUUAUAAGCGUAACGGAUAAAGACUCCGGUGUCAAUGGGAAAAUCAUUUCACACAUAUCUAAUAAUGUACCCUUUGAAUUGAAGCCUUCAUAUAAGGAACACACUUAUUCAGUUAUCACCAAGGGUUUUUUGGACCGAGAGAAAGUGUCACAAUAUGAAAUAAAAAUUAAAGCAAGUGAUUGUGGGGAACCUCCCUUAUCUGCGUUUAAAACUCUCAACAUUCAGAUAUCAGAUGUAAACGACAAUCGUCCUCAUUUCGAACACACGCCUUUAGAGUUUUAUCUGGUAGAAAAUAAUGUUGCUGGCAAUUCUAUUUUCUCUGUAAGCGCAACAGACAAUGACUUGAAUGACAAUGCAGCUAUUUCGUAUCGUAUAGUAAGAGAAGGGAAUCAAAAUGACAUACUGUCUUUCCUAAAUAUUAACUCUGAAACUGGAGAUAUUUCAGCGCUAAAAAGCUUUGACUUUGAGACUCUGAAAACGUUCCAGUUCCAAGUUGUCGCCACAGAUUCUGGAACUCCGUCACUAAGCAGCAACGUCACAGUGCACGUGUUCAUUCUGGAUCAGAACGACAACGCUCCAGUCAUCCUGUAUCCGGUCAGCUCUAACGGUUCUGCUGAAGGUGUGGAAGAGAUUCCCCGCAAUGUGAACGCAGGACACUUGGUGACUAAAGUCAGAGCCUAUGACGCUGAUAUAGGAUAUAACGGCUGGUUACUGUUCUCACUGCAGGAAGUCACUGACCACAGUCUCUUUGGUUUGGACCGCUAUACAGGACGGAUCAGAACACUUCGCUCAUUCACAGAGACAGACGAGGCUGAGCAUAAACUGAUCAUACUGGUGAAAGACAAUGGCAACGUUUCCCUGUCAGCAACAGCUACUGUGGUUGUCAAACUUGUGGAGCCCAGAGAGGCUUUUGCUGCUGCUGAUGUUAAAAGUGCAACAAAAGAUGAUGAGGAUAAUAAUGUGACUUUUUACCUGAUGAUAACUCUGGGCUCAGUCUCAACACUUUUUCUCAUCAGUAUCAUCAUGCUGAUUGCAAUGCAGUGCUCUAAAUCCACAGAUUACACUUCUAAAUAUCUCCAAGAGACUAACUAUGAUGGGACACUGUGUCACAGCAUCCAGUACAGAUCUGGAGACAAGCGGUACAUGUUAGUUGGACAGAAUGAGUAUAGGAUCUACUAUAGUCCCAGGCAGCCAUGCCAACACACUAGUGCUUCCUGA